AUGGCUUUGACCCCACGCCUCAAUCCUUUUGAGCGGCUCAUCUACCGCUUCUAUGAAGCUCUAUAUCUUCUAUGUCUCUUGGAAAACGUCCGUGGACCUCAUGUAGCCACCGUAUUCGAUCCCUCCAGCUUGGUUGCCAUACGAAGACGAUUUCUCAAGAAUCUCGCGUUCCUGUGUGAUAAUCUAAAAGGAGGCGACAGUACUGCGUCGAUCGCAGUCCAAGAUCUCCCUCAUUGUAACGUCUUUUGGAUCUCAUAUAAUCAAGGCCCGUCUGACGAGGCUCUUGGAUUUUUGAGCUCGGUGCUGGAGGAUGUCAAGUCGUUUAAAUUCCGUCGGGACGAUAGGGCAAAAGCUGAAGACGACCUGAUCAGAAAAACCCACAAUGCAAUCCAUGGUGGGGACAUAUCUACUGCAUUAUCUCGAGUCCGGCACAUCAUCGGGCGCCUGGCAGCAUACAUACGUUCGGUCAAGCAGCUUCUGGAUGAUGGGCCUCGUUUGGACGGACUACUAGACGUGUAUGAGGUCUCCGCUGUACCCGUCCCGCCCUCAGUGCCGCUGCUUCAGGCCGAUGCCCACACCAACCUGCGUGGCGUAUUGACGAGGAUCUUCCGGCUCGGGAACAAAGACGCUCGCUUCACAAGCUCGCUCAGCUACCUAUCUCACAUGAGUCAACAGACGAAACUUGAGGACAAACUGUUGAAAUUUCACAGCCCGGACCGAAAAGCACCCAGUGUGCAUGCAGAGAUCCAAAUGCUUCACCACUUCUACGACAACAAACUGGUAUUUGUGGGGAGGGAUCGCUACAUUGCUACCAGCAAGCCUGCUUGCAUGUGCUGCAAGCUCUAUUUUCGCCAUCACCCGGCAGCAUGCGUGGAGCCCGACUCCCACGAGAGGGUGUGGCCGAACUGGGGAGUGGUCCUCCAGCCUCUUGGCCAGGCAGCGCCGGGAUGGGCCGAGCAGCGCGAUGUUCUCAUCAGUGUCAACCAUGACAUUGGCAGAGAGGUUGUUCUGGUGAUUGAUCAACAGCAGGCCAUUGGAUUUGCCCAUCCCGACUCUUUGACUGGAAUUACUCAGUCGGUGGAUGAUGGCGCUUUCGACUCAGAGGAUGACCAGCGGGACGAGGAGAAUGAGGAUCUUGAGUCUGAGUACGAUUAUGAUGGCGGCGUCCAGAUUUGA